AUGAAAUUAACACCAGAUGAAAAACGUCAAAGAGCUGCUGCUGAUCGUUCAAAACAAAGAAUGGAACUAAAAAACCUUAUGAAACAAAGAAAACUUAAAAAUAAUAAUAAUGAUGAUGAUGAGAUUAUUAUUUUAACACCUACCAAGAAUCAAAAUGAUUCACAACAACCAACAAUAACUAUUAAUAGUAAAGAUGAUAAAAAAAAAUAUAAAGAUGGAUUAAUAUCAGACAUUGAAUCAGAUUGUUCGAUAGAUUUGGAUGAAUUGAUUGCUCAAACAAGUGAUUUAGAUGCGGGUGGCGGUGUUAAUCUAGGCGAUGACCUUGCUAGACAUCUAACACCAUCAACUACACCUUUACGUGGCCCAUCGCCGAACUUUAAUACAGCCAGGCCUGUUAGUAUUAUAGCUGAGGAAGAAGAAAGUCUAAGUGAUACUCCACUUGAAAUUGAUAAUCAAGAAGCCGAUGACCUUUGGAAAACUUCAAAUAACGAAGAUAAUAUAUUUGAUAUUUAUUGUGGUAAAUCAGGAAUCCCAGCUGGAAUGUCAAAAUCUGCAUUUUUUGGUCAUUUCGGCAUAUCUCCAUUAACUCCAUUAUCACCUACAUCAUCACAAGCCUCAUCGACAGCAGAUCCGGAUGAAUUAUUUGAAACAAUGUCAAAUGGAUCUACUAGAUCAGCAGCAAGCACUAGUUCAAGAGGCACAAUAACUGGAAGUGGAACAAGGAAACCAUCAAAUACUUUGGGAAUAAGAGCACCGAGUAGAAUCGAUCAUUAA